UGCGAGCUCUCGUAGGAUCCAUACACUCUUGUCCUACUCAGGCCGUUCUCUACAUCGCCGGCGGCGCCUCGCAGGCGUUAGGGUUGUUGUUGUCGGUCCCCGGAGCAUCAAAUACGGUACUGGAAGCCGUAGUUCCGUAUUCUGGAAUGUCCAUGAUUCAAUUGCUCGGCAAGGUUCCAGCUCAAUUCGCUAGUGCCAAGACGGCGGAGGAAAUGGCACUCUUGGCUUAUAAUAGAGCUUUAAAGCUUUCUAAACCAGGUUCUAUUUCCGAAAUGAAUUUGUAUUUUUUUUUCUACGUUCGGUAUAUUCAAAUUUCUAGAGUUUCUGUAUAAUAUAAUAAGCGACAAGAUGCUGACACUGGUGGUCUGGAAAGUCCAGGAACAUGGGAGGUUGUAUCUGUCAAUCGAGCUCAAUUGCUCAAGCUCCAUUGGUCAUAAUGGACCAACUAACUUCACUUUUGAACAGUCUUACCCUCAAAUUUUACGUACGGAGUUCUAGUAAUAUAUUCUGUUGUUGUCAUUCUUGCCAAUUUAUGUUAAUGAUGCAGGCAGUUUUUUCCUUGUUGUGCUGAAAGGCUUUAGUAGUUAGAUGACUUUCCUGGAUGCGUCUGCAGGUUCUCCUGUUCUGGGAGUCGGUUUUACUGGUUCUCUAGCUAGCACACGCCCCAAACUAGGAGAUCAUAGGUUUCACUUGUCAACUAGAACAUCUGACCAGCUUUGGGUAUCAACGGUUACUCUGUCAAAGGGUUUGCGCACUCGUGAGCAAGAAGAAACAGUCUCAAGCCAGUUCUUACUCAAGGGAAUUGCCAACGCUUGCAAGGUUGAGGCAACCUAUAUUUCUGAGCUAAAUGAAUCUGAAGUUCCUGAUGAAUAUGAAAGCAAAUUUGAUGAAGAUCAAGAAUUAGAGCAAGUUAUAAAUGGACAGAUUUGCUUUAAGGUCUAUCCCUUUUCAAGUGAUAUUGCUAAUACGAAACGGAAGAUUAUUCUAUCUGGUUCCUUUAAUCCUUUACAUGAAGGUCACCUAAAGCUCUUGGAUGUUGCAAUUAGCAUAUGUGGGGAUGGAUACCUGUGCUUUGAAUUGUCCGCCAUAAAUGCUGAUAAACCUCCUUUGACAGUAUCUCAAAUCAAAGAACGUGUCAAACAGUUUGAAAGAGUUGGAAAAACAGUCAUAGUAUCUAAUCAGCCAUAUUUUUACAAGAAAGCAGAGCUCUUUCCUGGCAGUGCUUUUGUCAUUGGUGCAGAUACAGCAGUGAGAUUAAUCGAUCCGAAAUACUAUGGGAACGAUUAUGCAAAGAUGUUGGAGAUACUCAUCGGGUGCAAAAACACUGGAUGUGUUUUCCUUGUUGCUGGCCGAAACGUAGAUGGUGUUUUCAAGGUACUCGAGGAUUUUGACGUACCAGAGGAACUGAAAGGCCUGUUCAUUUCCAUACCAGCAGAUACAUUCCGCAUGGACAUUUCAUCAACUGAAAUUAGGAGAAGUCGAGGAAUGUGAGAACUGUUGUCACGUAAAUUUUGACCCACAGCUAUAUCUUGGCUUGUGCCUGUUUUAAAUAUUUAUUGUGUCUAGAAAUGAUGAAGGACUGCACACGUUCUCAUUGUACCCCAAAUUGUUCAAAUAAACUGGACAGUGUGUGAAGAAAGAGUAGGAAAGUAAUAGAAUAACACCUAAAGAAAUUUACAACUGAGAAGAAUCCUUGUAAACUCAAGUCUUACGUUCUGUACUUGUGUGCAAGUGUUUGGGAAAUGUCUCUUGGCCUGUUGAGUUCUUAUUCCAGGUUGCGGAAUCUUAUUCUAGCCAAUUUCAAAAA